UCGAGUGCUGCGCAGGUCGCUCGAGCCCUCGCCUGUGUUUGCAGCUGUCGGUUUGCGCGGCGCUCGAAAUUGCACCGCUGACGGGAUUAAGGGCGUUCGCAUCCGAGGCCGGGUACCUGCCUGCGCCGUUUUGUUGCUCCUCCAAUCCGUCGUGUGGUCAAGGCGGGAGAGAAUUAAACCGAGCGAUCGCAGGCUUCGGUUCAGGUGAGCGGGCGAAGCCGUGCUUGGGAGCCAGGGUCCAUCAUAAUAAACAGCAAGAAGAAAAAUGGGUCCUUUGGACAUACUGAAAUAAUUGCAAAUUGACAGAUUUUACCUGCUACUGGAAAUAAACUCUUAUGCUCUACUUCCAGUUUUAAAAACAGAAUGGCAGGUUUUAAACGUGGAUAUGAUGGAAAAAUUGCUGGGCUAUAUGAUUUAGAUAAAACAUUGGGCAGGGGUCAUUUUGCUGUUGUGAAAUUAGCACGACAUGUUUUCACUGGAGAAAAAGUAGCAGUGAAAGUCAUCGAUAAAACAAAACUUGACUCUGUUGCCACAGGGCAUUUGUUCCAGGAAGUCCGAUGCAUGAAACUGGUGCAGCAUCCCAACAUUGUUCGUUUAUAUGAAGUAAUUGACACUCAAACAAAACUUUAUCUUAUUCUGGAAUUGGGAGAUGGAGGUGAUAUGUUUGAUUACAUCAUGAAACAUGAAGAUGGUCUCAGUGAAGAUCAAGCAAAAAAAUACUUUGCACAGAUAGUACAUGCAAUAUCUUAUUGCCAUAAGCUGCAUGUUGUCCACAGAGAUCUGAAGCCAGAAAAUGUGGUUUUCUUUGAACAUCAAGGAAUUGUAAAACUUACAGAUUUUGGGUUUAGCAACAAGUUUCAACCUGGAAAGAAGUUAACAACAAGCUGUGGGUCACUUGCAUAUUCGGCACCAGAAAUUCUGCUUGGAGAUGAAUAUGAUGCACCUGCAGUAGAUAUCUGGAGCCUGGGUGUUAUUCUUUUCAUGUUGGUAUGUGGCCAGCCUCCAUUUCAAGAGGCAAAUGACAGUGAGACUCUCACCAUGAUUAUGGACUGCAAGUACACAGUGCCCACCCAUGUCUCCAAAGAAUGCAAGGAUCUUAUCAAUCGCAUGCUGCAGAGAGAUCCAAAACGAAGAGCCUCACUGGAGGAGAUUGAGAACCACCGCUGGCUUCUAGGAAUUGAUCCUUCGCCUGCAACCAAGUGCAAUGUACCGCUCGUCUCUUACAAGAAUCUCUCUGAUGAAGAGCAUAAUGGCAUCAUCCAGCGCAUGGUGCUUGGUGACAUUGCAGACCGAGAAACCAUUAUUGAGUCGCUGGAAAGUAAUAAAUACAAUCACAUCACUGCCACUUACUUUUUGCUGGCUGAAAGGACCUUAAAGGAGAAACAGGAGAAAGAAGUCACCCGUUCUUCCAGUCCAAGCCACAUCAAAGCUCAAUUCAGGCAGUCCUGGCCUACAAAAAUUGAAGUGGCCAAAGAUAUUGAAGACAUAACAACAUCACCCAUCAUCCAUCCUGUGUCAAUUGCUGGAGUCUGUUCCCCAGCCCGCACUGCAGAGUCCACCAUGAAUGGCCACAGAAUGAAAUCUGGUGAGCCUGCAAAAAAAGAAGAGUCAUCGACAAUUGGAACAAGCGGAAAGCCUGCUCCAAACAAUAGGACGUGUCUGUUCAGAGUGGAGGAGGAUGAAGAGGAUGAUGAGGAUGACAGAAAUGUCAUUCCUCUUCCCACUCCUGUUGUUUUGCGACGUAAACCUUCCAUAACAAACCGGCUUACCACCAGGAAGAGUGCUCCUGUCCUUAAUCAAAUAUUUGAGGAAGGAGAGUCGGACGAUGACUUUGACAUGGAUGAAAACCUGCCCCCCAAGCUCAGCCGAUUAAAGAUGAACAUUGCUUCUCCAAGCACUGUGAAUAAACGGUACCACAAACGGAAAAGUCAAGGCCGUGGAUCGAGUUGCAGCAGUUCCGAAACCAGUGAUGAUGACUCGGAAAGUCGCCGGCUUCUUGACAAAGACAGCGGGUUCACCUACUCCUGGCACCGCCGUGAUAGCAGCGAAGGACCUCCAGGGAGUGGAGGAGAUGGAAGUGGGCAAGGCAAGUCAAGUGAUGGGAAUGCUGGUUUUGACAAGAGCAGCCCAAGUGAUGGCAACAAAGGUGGGAGUAGCCCUUCCAAUGAGUCCAGUGGGAGCACCAACAACACAGGAUCAAGAACUCGCAGCUGUGCAACCCAAGGAAAUUCAUCCCAGUCACACAAAGCUGCAGAGGAUUUGGUGGAGAGCCUGAAGCUAAUGAGCCUCUGUCUUGGGACCCAACUGCAGGGUGGCAACAGUAGUAGAUACAUCAUUGAACCAGCAUCUGGGAUUCGAAUACAUGAGAAAUCAUCCUGGAAAAUGUGCAUCACCUCGAGCAAUAUUAUAGAGCGAACCUCUCCCUUGACCAACGGCAAGUCUUAUUCUGACCAAAUGGCUGACCUGCUGAAUGUGCUUGAAAUGUCAAAAGAGAACAACAUGAACUUGAAGAACAAUAUUCUACAGCUACCUCUUUGUGAGAAAACGCUCUCUGUGAAUUUUCAACGGAACCCUAAGGAUGGGCUGCUGUGUACCUCCAGUCAAACCAGCUGCUGUCAAGUUAUUUAAUAAGUUUCAGCUUGAUUUAACUCUUAUUCUUGCUGGUUACAUUUUGACUUUCUUAGCAAAGUGAAAUUCUUUUAGCCUUGAGCUUUUUAAAUGGACUCUUAGAAUUAUUUAUUGCAAUGUUUUAAUUGGUUUGCUCAAUAUCUUGACAAUGCAUGGUCUUUGUGCAUGCUGCUCGCUACUGCUUUACUUUCCCAACAAGAAAAACAUGACUGGGGCAGAAUUUUUAAUAUCUUGGGAGUUUAGUAUCAACCUGUUGGUUGUAUGUUGUUUAUGGAGCUAAAUGCGGUUUAAGUAAAUAGUGCACUUUGUAGCUCUUUGUGUUGCACAUGAAAGGAUACAGCAAAUCCAUAUGGUUUUAAACCAUCUGAUCAAAGAGUGUUAGGUUUAAUUACUUACACUAGUGUACCUGACAGAAAAGAACCAAAGCAAUAACUGAAAUAUUGCAGCUCUUGUGAAAACAUUUCAAUAUUCCAUGCCUGAUGAAAUGCUCUCUGCACAAUAGUCAUACUGGAGAGUCUUAAUUUGUUGAAAGAUUGCAGAUAACUCACUUCAGGGCGGGUUAGUCUAUAUUGACUUAAACUCAGGAUAAGGCAAACUUGAGCAAGAAUUUUAAGGUGCUAUAAUUGGACAGAGUUGGAUUGAACUAAGUUUGCUGAUUAUUAGUGUCCAUGACACCAUGUUGCCCCUCAAGUGAGAAAGCCCUGCACUUAGGCUAGCUUGUCUCUUCAUCUGUGUAUAUGUUUGGAUCUAAUUGUCUGUCAGUUCUGUGGGGUAGGACAUGGUGUAGUGAUUGGAAAUAAUGCAAAAUUGCAUUGUCUCUUGCAGACCAAUGUCAGAGUAGCUAUGAUUUAAAUGUGAAGUACUUACUGCUUAUGUCCUGCAGCGUGAGAUUUGAAAUACCACCCACUCCCUUCCUGCUGUUGAAGGGAUUCUCCAUUGACACAUGGAGAAUCACAUCAAAGCCUUGGUUUGAGGAUUGCUUUCUGUUAAAUUCUGUAGUUUAUGGAAAAAGUUAAACCUUUCCUAAUCCAUGGGUAAAUCAGCUAAAGGGAGUAAUGGAUUUACUGUUAAGAUUAUUUAUUCUAACAUUGAAGAACUCUACUUUCUUGAAAUAUAGAUCUGGUUCUGGCAAUGGCUUUCCAGUCAGUUAUUUGGUGGUAAAUAUAUGUUCCAAAUUGAAUGCUGCAGGAGAAUUUGGGAGGGUUGGGGUUGGGAAUUGUAUCAAGUUACUCUUAAAGUAUAUUGGCAUUCCAGUUUUUAAUGACCUGAUUUUCAUUGUGGGAAAUAACACAUAGUGAAGCAAAUUCAUAGCAAUUGUGUAGAUGCAGUUAAGUUUUUGGAUUAUUGUAAAUAGUUUUGUUUAUAUUUUAUGUAUAGCCUUGUGAUGGCACCUUUUAGAACUCCUACCUUGUGUAUUUGUACAAGAACUGUAAAUUUGUGUAUACACAGUACUGAGAAUUACAGUGAUGUACAGUUGUCAGAUUGUACUAGAUUAAUGUAGGUGGAAACGCCCACUAUUUAACUGUCUGUAUUCUAUAUGGAGUUGUCCAAUGUGAAUGAGCAGUAACGUGUUGUAUGUUGUGCUGCAUCGUUUGGUGCAAUGAAUGGAAAGAGUAACCACUACUUAUGAAUGUUAUUGGACCAAAUAAUGUAACAGUCCGAAAAUGUGGCAUUCCAUGGCCAACCUGUCUUCAAAUUGGUAUUUUCAUGUGUGAAUAAAAUAGUGGCUAGUUUCUAGUCAUUUGUGACUUUCAAACAAAUAAAAUAUUUUAAGU